CGGCGGCAGGGAGUUCGGGAAAGCGGGUGGGCAGGACGAGGGGAGCCCCGAGGUUGCCGAGAGGGUGACCGAGGAGAAAUAAAGCUCCGAGCCCAGCCGGCGAACGCGGCCGCGCGCGCGGAUGCUGAAAUCUCGCUCCGCCCGCUCGUCGUCGUCGUCGUCGUCGUCUACGUCCUCGUCAUCGCGGUGUGGUGCCGCAUCUCGCGCGUCGUGCGGCCGUCGUGGAACGUUUCCGCGUGAGAAAGAGAACGGAGAGGAGGGCAAAUCGAACGCGGAGAUUCGCGCGCGGGCAGAUACGCACGCGUGAGUGCGUGCGUUCGUGCGUGCGUGGGGUGCGUGAGUGCGCGAGAGGGUGCGUGCGUGGGUUCUCGCGGGUGGGCACUCCACGGGGGUGGAAGAGGGAAAAAAAACCCCGGCGGCCGCUGGUGCGUUGUGCGCUACGCGUCGUGCGACACUCUCCGUCGGCGAUGGCCUCGUUUCACCCCUAGCCAUAUAUAUACCUAUAUAUAUAUAUUAUAUAUCUAUAUAUAUAUAUAUAUAUAUACACACACAUACACAUCUCUCGCCCACAUCGCCUCGCGUGACGUUCUUACCCCGGAUAUGCCGAGGCAUGCGCCGUAAAAAUCCCGGGAUUGAUGUAUCGCAGGACGCAGAUCUGCAUUUACUACCUGCUAUGCAUAGCAGCAGUGGACUUGACGCAUACCUCCGACUUGGAGAUCACUACGACGAGAAGCCGGGACUGUCCGCCAGAAUGCAUUUGCCUUUCUCCGAAACAGGUACUCUGCAAUACAGGCGGCCUCGAGGACAUCCCGACGCAGCACCUGCCGGAGACCGUGGAGGAGCUGUCGCUGACGAAGAACAACUUCCCGGUGAUAAAGGGCGACGCGUUCGCCGGUCUCCGGGUCCUACGUAAGCUCACCCUCGACGGCAACAACAUCUCCUCCAUCCGGCCGUUCGCGUUUCGCGGCCUGAACCGACUCCGCGAGCUCUCGAUCCAGCACACCCCGCUGCCGUGCAUCGAGAAGUUCUCGUUCGCCGCGCUGCAGAACGUCUCGGUGCUGCUGCUGGCGAACAACAAGAUCCGCUACGUCGAGGGUUACUCGUUCGCCGGCACGUCGAACGUGAACGUGAUCCUGCUGAGCAACAAUCCGCUGCUGACGAUCCGCAGCCACGCGUUCGCCGGCCUCACCAACGUCAACAAUCUCAUCUUCCCGUCCGGCAUCCGCACGAUCGAGCAGGACGCCUUCGACGGUCUCCAGCACGUCGGCCAGCUCAAGCUCAGCUACAUGGACCUGUCCGGGCUGCAGGCCUACACCUUCCGCGGCCUCUCGCACGUGCACUCGAUCUACAUCCAGGAGAGCGACCUCGGCGUGGUGCAGAGGAACGCGUUCGCCGGCCUCGCGCACGUCGGCCGCCUCAACGUGCUCAACAACAAGGUCGAUCUGAUCGAGCGUCUCCACCUGCGCCACGAGAACUACAUCGAGGUCCUGCGCUUUCACGGCAAUCACGUGCUGGAGGCGCCGCGUCACGCCAGGGACGUCGUCCUCGAGGUGGCCACGGUCAGCGCGAUCGAUAAUCACUUCCCAUGCGACUGCCAGGCGCACAACGUCCUCGAGAGCGACUUCACCCGCGGCGACAGCGUCGAGUUCCAGCGCCGUAACUACUGCAUCUCGCCGUUCGAGUACAACGGCAAGCCCAUGAACGUCGUCGACUUCGACCUGGUCGCGCGAUGCCACGACAACGUGAUCCAGGACAACCUGGGCUCGGGCGUCGUCGGGGUGUCCCGGCUCUCGGCGCUGCUGCUGUUCGUCUUCCUGUUCUCGACAAACCUGUUCCGAUGAGCCUAUAUAUAUACUUCCAGCCCCUUCCGAUUCUUCGACGAUCGUUUCCGCGCUUCUGCUCCUAUAGAUUCUCCGAGGCGACGCAACGGCGAGAAAACGACCGUAUGUUCACGUGCGAGCUUACCGCUGUAUACGGCUUUCUAUCGAGAGGUCUUUCUUCUUCGCCAUCUUUCCCCCCGCCUGCAGCGGAGUCUACGUAGUUCUCGGUAAAGUUGACGAAGCGAGAAGACGUCGCGUACGAAUAACACAUUAUCACCGUAGAGUAUCGUAUCGAUCUUCUAUAUGACUUGGCACGAAAGGAAUUCGUAUUAGAAAGAAAGAAGAAUAAUCUCUCGCGAUUCCGGAGUAGUGGUCGAUGAAAAGGCAAGCCGCAAACUUUAACUAGGUCCACGAAGUUAUAAUCAGCAGACGGAUUUCGCGAUUCGCGAUACGCAAGGCGUAAAUUUACUCAUCAAAACAGUAGAAAUCUAAUUUUGGAUUUCCGGCUUAUUAUAUUCUUUGGAACUUUAAAAGAACUUCUUCCUCUAUUUUUUCCAGCUUAACCGUUAUUCUAAGUCUCGAAAAUGUUAAGGAUAAAAUAAUGCAUGAGCUAUAAUUCAGUUUCGAUAAAUGGUAUCAAUUAAUAUUCCAUCGCGAAAAAAUCCCAUCCAGAGCUAGAGGAUUAAUUAGAGGAGCUUUUUACAGAUUGUUGCAUGAUGUAAUUUCCCGUCGUUAAUCAAGAAGAAUAUCACCACCGAAGGGACAUAUAAAAAAGAUAGCAAUAAAAGAGCUCCUGUCCCCCGUAACAUUUGUAUGCAAUGUUAUUCUUGAUAAUUAUCGGAGACCGAGAUGCAUGGACGUAACGAGAGAUUUAUUCACGCGAGACACCAUUGUUACGGUUGUACGAGUGGAAAAAGGACGUGGCUGUAGUCAUUAAUGCCAAAUGGAUACAUAUCCUCACGGACAUAUGAAAGUGAACGAACGUGAUCUCACAUAUCGAGAACAUCGUUUAUCUAACGUCGGAAAUAUAAUUUCUUUAUUCUUUAUUCUUGGUAGAAUGUUUAAGACGCGAUCGAGAUUUAAUUCAAUAGAAUAUUCAUCUGUCGUAUCUGAAACGCUGAUAUGUGAGUUCCUAUUAUUUAUGACAUAAGAAAAUUUUGUACUGCGUUUACACAAUUUUGUACCGUUUGUACUGUCGCAUACGUUUAAUUAAUGCGAUAAGUUUUAUAUAUUUUCUUUUUAAUUAUCCUCCGUUCUGUGCCGAUACGCGUUUGACGUUAAAUGUGGUCUCAUCUUACGGCGGCGAACACGUGAUCUCUUCAUCAAAGCUCAGAAAUGCGCAUUCAGCGCUCAUACAUGUAACAAUAACGCGGGCCUAUGUGCAUUCCUCUCGCAUUCUUUUCGCAAUCAAUCGAGCCGAGCGAAUUCCGCGAAUUCGCGAUCGUCGAUCGCGGAAUGAUAUGGCGUCAUGAGAGACAGAACGUUAUACGAGCUUUAACUGGCCGGCAUACUGGACCAGCAUUGUCGUAUUUACUUGAGGCUUCAAAUUUUGCGUGGCUGCGUAAAAUAUACGUUUUUAGGAACAUUGAAACAAAAUAAGAUAAGCGAAAGUAUACUUAAUGGAAUUUUGUUCGCUGAGCGAAGGAUCUCAUCUAAAUUGAUUUUUUUUGUUACACACUCGCACAUACAUGAUUAUCGCAAUUUAAAUAUUAGUUACUAACAAAAUUUCGCAUUAUGACAUAUCUUGACAUAAAGAUAUAAUAUUAAAAAGCUAGAUAUAUAUAUACAUAUAUAUAUAUAAUUUUGGAGAAGCUUAUCUCUAAAUAGGUCCACCACAAAUCUUACUUCCGGGUCCAGGAAUCCAAGCUAUGCGCCUGUACGUUCACAUCUGCUUUACGAUCCCAUUAGUAUAGGCCGAGGGAUCAUUUAAAUAAUUCGGAAAUGAUGAAAGUAUCUAGCGAUUAAGUACACACGUUUAAUUGCAUUUUGAUGCGCAAGAUCAUCGGAGAGGGGUCGGAAUUCCUGCACGGAAUCACGCGGUUUAAAAGAGAUCAGGCGAAGAUCCAUCGUGGGAAAUCAAUUUUUUAUCUUUUAUCGGGAGAUCGGAUAUCAAUUAUAAAAUAACUUCAAAGUUAAUCCGCUUGUAGGCUUCAAGAAAAUAAAAUAAUAUCCAAUUUCGAAUAACAAAAGGAGGAGGGGGGAGGGGAGAUUAUUUACUAAAUAAAUUAGUUUUGAAAUUUUUCGAUUGUUUCGAUUUUGUUUUGACGCGUACUUUCGUCAGGACCUCUUAAUCCGUGUAUCUUUAGGAAUGCAACGUAUUUCGAGACGGAAGUGGAUAACAGUGUAUUACACAUGCUCAACACUUUAGACGAAUAAUUAUAAUUACAAAUCUUUUUUUUUUUUCAUACACCUGUGUAUGCGUAUAAAAGUCAAUAGCAAUGUCAGCGAAGCGAGGAUUUCCAUUAAUUUGGAAUUCUUUUUCCGUAACAUCUCGUCAGCGUUAUCUUAGAAAAUCGCUUAUCGUUCCACACAUUAGAAACCGCAUGCGAAAAUUUGCUUUCAUCGAAGCCGGCAAAACUGAUGCAUCAUUAAUUAGACGAGGCGUUGACUCCCUAAAAAGUCACGAUAUACUUAAAUGCUUUCGAGUUACAUUUGAUACCGCGAAACAGUCGUAUACACAGUUUGUAUAAAAAUGUUUACUGUGCCAACGUUUUGCAUUUACUUGAUAUUAUAAGUCAGGUAAAUAAUUAAGAGUACGAAGGAAAAAGAAAGAAAGUAUCGAGUAGGAAAUUUUAAACGAUAUAUAUACCACAGAACAUUUUGUUCUUCACAUAAUAGAGUUCGUGAAAAAAGAAAAUACUGCUUCAUAGAUAAAAGUACAUUGGCGUCCAAAGGCUAUAUAUGAAAUGAAUCAGAGUUAUGAGAUAAUGCUAUAUUAUGCUUACAAUUUAAAAAAAAAAAUAAAAAAACACUAUAUAAAGCGUGUUUCGCUGCCAUUCGUAAUGGAAGAUUUGCUUGGCCUUCGGUCAGCAUAAUAACCGAGGACCAACCUAGCUUAUAUUUUUUACCAAUGUUUGAAAUAGCGUUUAAUAGACACGAUUGAAAUCUGUAAUCUUUCAUUGUAGUUAGAAUGUCCCGUCAUAUAAUAAAUGGAAUAAAACAAUA